CGAAAAUUAUUUCUCAUUACGUCGGCAACCUUCAAACAGUCAAGAUGGCAAUUUGCAAGCUAACUCUCGUUUCGUUCCUGAUGACCCUGGGCAUGGCUUUCGGUGGUCCACUGAUGGUUGAAGAUGAUUCCAUUUCCGUUCCUGCCAUCCAGUUCCGCAGCAAGGUCAAUUCCGAGGAUGUCUGCACCGGCUACCAGAUCCACAAGAAUUGGUUCGUGGCUCCCGGAAGUUGCCUGGGCCGUACCGUCGAGGAUUUCGCUGCCAACCGGGAACUGGAAAUCGUUGGUCAAGGUACCCAGAGUGUUCAGGUAUUUGGACUGCGUCCCAACGGAUUGAGCCCUCAGGGUGACUUCGCCGUGGUCAUGUACAACGGACAGAUGGAAGAGAAUCAGAUCAAGGGCGGCGAUAUCAUGGAGCAGCUGGGACUUUCCCCGCACGUCCGCCUGAUGCGUCAGGAAACCGGAACCGGAGCUGCUGAUGGGGCCGGAAGCAUCGAGGUCAGCUGCAGGCUGAUUUCGGGAGUGCUGUUUAUGCUUUUUGCCGUGGUGUUCAUGAAGUGAAGUGAAGAGUGAUCAGAAAAAUGUGUCACGAUAAAAUAAUAUUAAUCUAAUAAAUUUCGGUUGAUUAGUGUUAAAAA